AUGAGCUUCACCAGCUGCUCCACGGGCUGCCAGGCGUCCUGCUGCACCCCCAGCUCCUGCCAGGCAUCCUGCUACGUGCCCAUGAGCUGCAAGCCCGCCGUGUAUGUGGUCCCCUCCUGCCAGUCCUCUGUUUGCUUGCCCGUGAGCUACAAGCCCCUCGUGUUCAUGGCCCCCUCCUGCCAGUCCUCCGGGGGCUGCCAGCCCUCCCACCCCACCCUGCUCUGCAGACCCAUCUCUUGUAGCACCCCGUCCUGCUUCUGA